UAGGUUGACGUCAAAAAAUUAUAUUUACUUGUGUAUUGAUACAUACGGGUGUGCUCAAAUUUGUCUACAUGUACAAUACACAACUUACAGAAAAAAAUUGUACAGUACAUAUCAAUUAAGUCGACCUAUUGAAUUCAAUACUUUAUGAUGGCGUCCGGAUCUAAGGUCUCCUUCAAGAUAACCUUGACAUCUGAUCCCAAGUUGCCCUACAAAGUACUGAGCGUACCGGAAAAUACUCCGUUUACCGCCGUUCUUAAGUUUGCAGCAGAAGAGUUCAAAGUUCCGUCUGCAACGAGUGCUAUUAUAACAAAUGAUGGUAUAGGCAUCAAUCCAGCUCAGAGUGCAGGCAACGUCUUUCUCAAACACGGCUCAGAACUGCGUCUAAUACCUCGCGACAGAGUUGGAAACUGUAGUCAUAGUCAUCAUUAGCUAUUUUGAGUAGCAAAUACGCAAAUGAGAUAUUGACAAACCGGCAAUGACGUAAUAGUUCUAAUAACGUCAUCACCACCACUUUACACCCGGUGUCAUUGUCC